ACAAAGGUGACCGUGCGGGAGCGGUGCCCCAGAGCCCCCUCGCACCAUCCGACCCCGGAUCCAGCGCUCUCACGGCCACCACGGCCACGCGCGUGUCGCUGAUGCUGGUGACCGCCGCAGACCGGAGGUAGAGUCCAGGCGCAGCGCUGAGCACCCUCUGUCCCCGCAGGGCGCGGAGCCAUGAAGCUGAACGAGCGGAGCUUGGCCUUCUACGCCACCUGCGACUCCCCGGCCGACAACGCCGGCUUCCUCUACAAGCGCGGCGAGCGGCACACGGCCUAUCACCGCCGCUGGUUCGUGCUCAAGGGCAACAUGCUCUUCUACUUCGAGGAGCGGGACAGCCGGGAGCCCGUGGGCGUCAUCGUGCUGGAGGGCUGCAAUGUGGAGCUCUGCGAUUCAGCCGAGAACUUUGCCUUCGCCAUCCGCUUUGGCGGCAGCAAGUCCCGCACCUACGUGCUGGCGGCGGAGAGCCAAGCGGCCAUGGAGUCGUGGGUGAAGUCGCUGUCCCGAGCCAGCUUUGACUACAUGCGGCUGGUGGUGCGGGAGCUGGAGAAGCAGCUGCAGGAGAUGAGCCGGGGGCUGGCCGGAGGAUGUGGGGGCUCCCAGGAGCUUCCCGGCCCUUGGAAGCCGAAGCCGUCGGGGCUGGAGCACUCCCGUGAGCGGCUGCCCGCUCUGCCCGCCAUCCUGCCGAAGGAGAACGGCUGCGCGGUGUGGAACAACGUGCUGGGGGCGGGCCGGCCCCCCGACGCCUCUGGCUGCGGUGGGCACGAUGAGGACGGGAACCCGCGGCCGCCGCCGCUGCCGCCGCGCCGGCGGGUGUCGAACGGCGCCGGGGCGGCCGUGGCGGAGAGCCCGUCCACCUUCUGCCGGCUCCACGAGCAGUACAGCCGGGAGAUGGCCCGGCUGCGGCAGGACUGGCAGCAGAGGCGGCGUGGCCCCCAGCCCUGAGCGGUGCCUGAGCCCUGGGAACCUACCAGGAACUGGGGCAGGUCCCCAUCCUUGGUGCUGGGCCCAUCCCCUCCUCACCCCGGGAUGUGCAGACGUGGCUGUGGUGGUGGCAGACACCUGCUGGUGGUGCCAACGAGGGCUCGGCACCAAGGGACACCAGUGCUGCUCUGUGAUGGUGAAAUGGGCACCACAGGGGUGCCCUCCAGCCUUGCCCCCAUGUGGGUUUGGGGUGCUCCACUCAGCACAAGCAAACUGCAAACCACUCACUGACUGAGGCUUCCUGGAAAUUGAUUGCUGCUCUGGCUCUGCUGGGGCCUCUUGAUGCUCUUGCAGUGGGAUCACGCCUUGACAACUUCUGAAGGAGGAUUUUGAUGGGAUCUCGCUCGCCUGAGUUCCCGUGUGGGUUCCACAACGGAGAGCCUGCUACUGACUUCCCCUCCUGGCCCAGCACAAGGCUGAGGUCGGCUGAGCUCUGCCAGAUCCCUCUGCUCCAGCAGGAUGUGGUUUGAAAUGAAAAUAUCAGCGAGUGCAACCCUUCCUUAAUGGCAGCAGCAGCUCCGCACGCUCCGGGGAGCUGGUGACACCCAGCCCCAGGCAUUACACAGGGAGCAAUUGCUGCUUGCAGCCUGGAUGGCGAAUAUGGGGGAGUCAGACCCUGGGGGAGUUCAGCAGCUGCGGGCACUGCUUUGCUGGUGGAUAUUUUGGGACAGCACAUCAACCCCGUGCCAGCUCACUAAGGGGAAGCAUCGCUCGUGGUGGCAAAUGGGAACGUGUGUGUCAGCAGCAGAGCAUGAGGAAUGAUUCAUGUGCCAAACCAGAGCAAAGCUGGUGUCUCAUGCCUGUGUUUCUAUCUUAUUUCCACAUCAGAAACUCAAGCUGCAGGCCCAGAGGUGUGGUGACCCACCCUGGAGCAAAGGGGAGCAGUCAGGGUGCCCUGGCUUAGGGCUGGGUGGCUCCAGCUCCCUUUGCUCCCUUGGGACAAGCACAAGAUUUUUCUACAAUAAAAGUUGUUUCAGAACUUCCCUGCCAUCCAUGGUCCUUGUUUGUACCUUUAAGCCCCUGGGGAGGAGGGUCCAGGUGGGAAUUAAUGCUUUAUUUUAGU